GUAUCCCAUGCAACUUGCGUUUCCGUCGCUGUCCAUAUCCAAAAUUAAAUUAAAAACGACCACCUUUUCAUAAUUAAUCACCCCCAUACAAAUAAACCUAGCGGCGGCUGCCCCCUGCCGCCGCCUUCUCCAUUCCUCUCUCCCUCCCAAAAUGCCCUCAUAUCUACCAAACUUAUCUCUCUCUUCCCGUUUCCUCAUACCUCUGCUUAUCGUCGUCUUCCUCGUCAUCUUCCACCUUCAUUCCUCCCCUAAACUCUCUUCACUGACACCCUCUAUCACUCCCAACGUCGGCGGUGGAGCUUCCACGGACGCUCGCAGUCUUUUCCUCUCGUUCUCCGCCUCCGCAAACUCCUCCAUCUCCUCCCACCUACGCGCCCUCACCCGCGAACCCCACCUUGCCGGAACUCCCUCCGCCGCCGCUGCAGCUGAUUACGUGCACAACCAUCUCAAGCUCGCCGGUCUGGAAACCCUAACUCGAAACUAUUCGGUUUCCCUUUCCUACCCAGCCGACGCCACACUUUCCAUCCUCCUCAACGGAACCCUAGUUAAGACUCUUUCUCUAUCUGAGCCCGCCGAUCCCGCUGCCCGCGUCGUCGCACCUUACCACAGCUACUCCCCCUCUGGUUCAGCGCUCGCGCCAGCGGUAUACGCCAACCUUGGCCGCGAUGAGGAUUAUCUUGUCCUCGAUCGCCUUUCGGUCGACGUCCGUGGAUGUGUAGUGGUGUUGCGGAGGGGCGGCGGAUCCAGAGGGGCCAUUGUGGUGGCGGCUGCUGCGAGGGGGGCUAAGGCUGUGCUCAUGUUUGGGAAAGGUGUUGGUGGAGGAGUGGAGAGGGGCACCGUUCUUCUUGGUGGCCCUGGCGAUCCGCUUACUCCUGGCUGGGCGGCCAACGCAACAGCAGAGAGGCUUACGCUGGAGGAUGGAGAGGUGAGGAAAAGGUUCCCGAAGAUACCAUCAAUGCCUGUGCCGACAGUUACUGCAGUGCAGAUUCUGGGUGCAAUUGGUGGCCCACCGGCGCCUCCGGAGUGGAAGGCUGAGAUGUCGGCGGUGGUGGGCGUUGGUGGGGGGUCUACAAUGGUCAACUUUACAUAUCAGGAAGACAGGAAAUUGGCAGAGAUCCAAAAUAUUGUUUCUAUCAUAAAGGGGUGUGAGGAACCUGACCGCUAUGUUAUUCUCGGCAACCAUAGAGAUGCGUGGACAUAUGGUGCUGUGGACCCUAACAGUGGUACAGCUGUUCUCCUUAAUCUUGCCAGUCGUUUUGGUGCUCUGCUACGCUCGGGAUGGAGGCCUAAGAGGACUAUCAUUCUAUGUAGUUGGGAUGCAGAGGAGUUUGGAAUGAUUGGGUCUACUGAGUGGGUGGAGCAAAACCUGGGAAUUUUAGAAUCGAAGGCAGUAGUCUAUCUAAAUUUGGACUGUGCAGUUCAAGGUCCUGGCUUCUAUCCCAGUGCAUCCCCUCAACUGGACGAGCUUUUGAUUGAAAUCAUGAAACAGGUGGCAGACCCAAGCUCUGAUGGCAUGAGCGUAUAUCAAACUUGGGAAGCUAAUAAUGGAGGAAUAAGUAAGAUUGAGAGACUCUCUAGAGCUGACUCAGAUUUCACUGCAUUUUUGCAUCAUGCUGGAGUUCCUGCUACAGAUAUUUAUUUCGGUGAAGACUACCCUUUCUACCAUACAUCACUAGACACAUAUGAGUGGAUGGAGAAACAUGGAGAUCCUUCAUUUCUUUAUCAUGUUGCUGCUUCUGAAAUUUGGGGACUCUUAGGCCUUCGUCUUUCAGAUGACCGCAUCUUGCCUUUUGAUUAUAACUCCUACUCCAGUCAAUUGCUGGAACACGCAAAUGCUCUGAUAGCCUUAUUUGAUGGUCUUAAGAUAGAUCCCAUACUUUCAUCCAUACAGAAGUUUACUGCAGCAGCCAAAGCAGCUCAGGAUGAAGCCAAGAUGUUUAAAGUGCAAGGUUUAGCAGAAGACGACACUUCUUCUCUAAGGCUGCGGGCUUUUAACGACAGGCUAAUGCUCACAGAGAGGGCUUUCUUGGACCCAGAAGGCCUCAGAGGUCGGCCAUGGUUUAGACAUCUGCUAUAUUCUCCUCCUAAGGAUGGUGCAAGUAAGCUUUCUUUCUUUCCCGGGAUAGCCGAUGCAAUAUCUGAUUCUAUGAAGAGCUCGACGAAGGGCGAGAUGACGACGAUAGAGCAUGAAAUAUGGAGGGUUGCUCGAGCCAUUCGGAGGGCUGCAGACGUUCUUCAAGGCGAACUCACUUGAUCCAAUCAUGAAAGUAAGCAGCCACCUAAACAUCAGUUUUUUUGUCUUAUGGUUGAGCUGAAAUGUGUGCAUAAUAGAUUGUGUAUAGAGUUAACAUGACAAAUUGUUUGAGUUGCUUUCUUCAAACAUUUAUCUAUUCUGCUGCCUGAUAUUAUGAACC